AUGAGCACUAAUCACUCUUCAGUAAAAAUUUUAAACGAAAAUGUAGACCAACUAACUAAAUAUGAAGACAUGGUGAAGGCGUAUGAGGAUCUCACCAUUGAAGAAGGAUGCACCGAAGUUCAGCUCCGGCCCCGGCCAAAAUCCGGCUUUUUUUUCAAAUCCGGCCCCGGCCGGAUUUGGUGGCCGGAUUUAGGGCCGGAUUUGGUGGCCGGAUUUAGGGCCGGAUUUAAGCGUCUAUCAACUUUUAAAAAUCAACGUGUGGAUGCUGAACUGGAUGAAUUAUUGAAAUCUCGGAAUGAACUUGAAGCCAAGAUGCAAUCUCUGCACCCAAUAUUACCUGGCUUACAGGCCGUUGAGAAUGACUCCAAACAACUCUCAGACAUGAUAACAUUCACGUCAUCGCUGGCUGAGAAUGUCAGUAGCAAAGUUAGGCAGCUGGAUUUGGCGAAAAAUCGAGUUAUGCUGUGUUUGCAGAGGGUGGAGGACAUCUUGGACUUGAAGUUCUGCACUGAUGGCGUUCAAACUGCACUGCAUGAUGAAGACUAUGAGAAGGCAGCAGCACAUAUACAUAGAUUUUUAACACUGGACGAGGAUAUAUUGAGGAUGAGUGCAGACGCCAAUGAAGGUAGUACACUAGACACAUCCUUCAAAUUGCUACACGAGGCACAGACGAAACUCAAGAGCAUCGUGCAUGGCAAGUUCGAUUCGGCCGUUCGCAGUGGAGACGUCGCUAGCGUUGAAAGAUUUUUCAAGACAUUUCCGUUGAUUGGUGAGAAUGAGGCAGGCCUAGUUAAGUUCUCAAAGUAUCUUUGUUCUCAGCUCAGUGACGUCACGGAAAAGAAAGUAACGCAGGCGCUGCAAACUGCGCCGUCAGACAAACGCUACAACGUCAUCUUCAGCGACGCUGCCACCAUCUUGUUUGAAGACGUCGCCAGGGCUGUCGAGAUCCAUCAGCCACUCGUCGAAACUUAUUAUGGGCACGGAUUGUUGCUGACGUUGGUCAGGCACCUGCAGAAUGAAUGCGACCGACAGGUCCGACGUAUCGUCUGCCAGUUCAAAGACACUAGGAACUUUGAUAAAAAGAUCCAGCUGAUCCAACAGCAGCAGAAUGCCUUCCAGAAGCAAGUCAACGAAAGGGUGGAGCCAAGAGAGGCUGAUGUUCUAUUGGCCGAGGUUGCUAUCUUUAGCACUAGGACCGAAUUGUACAUGAGGUUCCUAAGGAGAAGAUGCUUCAAUGACUUGGAAGUUGCAUUUCAAGAUGAGGAAGUGCUGAAAAAUAAAAAAGCGGAAGUUGAUCAGCUGUUGAACGGGUGUGAACUAAGCACCUUCAUUCAAGAGUUCAUCGGCGGUUACAUUACGAUGGAGGAGUAUUUCAUGAAGCAGAUGGUGGCGAAGGCAAUUAGCAUGGACCAGAGGGCACUGUCGAGUUCGAACGUUGAUUGUGUGUGUGCCAUGUUGAACCAUGCAUGCGCUCUGCUCGAGAGAGAUUAUGCCGAUGUCUUGUUCAGCAGACUUAGAGCAGGCUAUACAACGGGGUUCGACUCCAUAGCCCAGGCCUACAACCUGGUGCAAUCAACAUUAGUGGCUGGCAGAGGGAUCAACACAGACGCCGAAACUGAAAAAGCUAAGGCUCUAUUCCUGGCAGCCUUAAACAACGUAGAAGUUAGCAUUGAAAACACUCAAACAUUGAAAUCGAACGUACAACUCGAGAUAAAUACGUUGUAUGCUAACAGCUGUUUAAAUGACCUCAAUCAAGUGACCAAUCGUUUGAAAGAGAUUUCUACGUUUGGUUUCAAUCAGCUGAUCGCUAAUUCAAUUAGACAGAGAAUUAAACCAUUGAUUGAUAGUUUCUCGUCCGUCAAUCAUAACCUAACUGAGGAGGAGUUCUCACAAUAUGAAGCUAGCGAUCCGUGGGUGCAAAAUCUCAUCUGCAAUAUUGAUAAUCUUCUGGUCACGUUUAGGACGUCAUUGACCCCGUCGAAUUACGACCAAUUCGUCAGUCAUCUGUCCAAUGAGGUGACUGCCUUACUUGAAAAAGUCGUCUUGAAAACUACUUUCAAUAGACUCGGCGGCCUACAGUUCGACAAAGAGAUUCGCUCUCUGGUUGGUUACCUAACUUCAACUACGACUUGGACCAUUAGGGACAAAUUCGCGAGGCUCAACCAGAUGGCCACCAUCUUGAAUUUGGAGAAGGUGGCCGAAGUUUUGGACUACUGGGGCGGCAACUCUGGACCCCUUACGUGGAGGUUGACCCCAGCCGAUGUUAGGCACGUGCUUUCUUUGAGAUAUGAUUUCAAAAGCGACGAUAUUAAAAGAUUGAAAUUGUAAGAUUUCAUGGUUGUGAGAGUUUAUUUGAUUGUCGUUAUAUUUGUUUAUCAAUCGAAUUAUUUAUUUAUUUAGUCGUUUUGUUAAAAAUUGUUUCAUUUAUUAAUUGUUUAUUGAAACUGAUCUUGUUAAUAUUUAAUUUAGUUUAGUUAGGGAUUAUUUUUUGCUCAUUUAAUUGUAAAAAUUUCAACAUUUCUUUGCAGUUUUGUUUAAUAUUUACUUUUGGAAAUAAAGUGUGACC